UUCGGUUAAAUAAAACGCUAGUUCAAAACACAGGCCAUACGUUGCGUUGCUAAAAAAUGGAAUUGUCAACUGUCAAAUAGAAUAAAAAUCAGUCGUGUCUGGCCCAACUAAAAAAACAGCGCAAAAUUCUAGUAGAUUUUUAGAAAAACAAUACGAUGUAAUUGAAAUGUUCCGGUAAUUUCAAACAUGAAGAGGGUUAAACGGAGGCAGGGCCGCAGUCCCCCUAGGAAGUUUGAGAAAUAUGAGACCAAUCGAAACAUCAAUAAGACGCCAUUUGUCUCGCCUGAGGUUGAGGAGGUAUUUCCACCUCCUAAGGAAAGAUGCGGGGAAGAUGUGGAAGUUGCUACUAAUGGGCGCGAAAAUCCCUUUGCAAGAAGCAAAUCACAUCGGUGCACCUUCUACAGACCCAGUAAUGAAGACUUCGGGCAGCUGACGGAUAUGGCUUUGCCUCCGAAAGAUUAUUACAAGAACCUUAUUCAAGAAAUCUGCAACGAGUCCACGCCAGACACGACAAAAGCGGUGACGAAGAAUGCCUGCGAAGGAUCCAUGGUGCAGACCCGUUCGGCGUUUGUGGACCCGGCCAGCGUACUCCAUCUAGACGAACACGUGAUGGCGGACCUGAUGGACGACGUGCAGUGGCAGACCAUCGACAGCGUCAGCGACGCGGACAUGUUUCUGUCAGGAGUGCCGAGCCCAGAGCGGAUCGAGGUCCCGACAGGUGUGGUCCCGUUUAUACCCUUUGUGUAUUUGCGGUUUUCAGAUAAAAAGCGUACUCCGUCGGUUCGUAGUAAUAUUCGUAUAUCGGAAACACCUCACGUAAAACGGAUCGCUGAGAAGUUCUCGAAGUUCAAAAAGAACAACGUUGAGGUCCGCAAGCUUGAAGAGAGGGUGGUUUGUCUGGAGUACGAUAUUUUCGACUUGAACGCGGCUGACCCCGCGGCGCCGACGCAGAAAAUGAGGGCAUUUUUCUCCAUAAAAAUGAAAGAUUUUGGAGGCGACAACAACAAAGAGAACAUACCGUCCAUCCCAUCUGGUGUAAAACGCAACUUCAACUUGGACGACGGAGACCUUCAGAAACUAAACAAGAAAGAGAUAGAAAUCAUAGACAACGAGAUACCUGAAAACAGGUCAUUACUAGAGGACCUCAAGCGAGUGCUGAGACGGAAGCAGGCACUCGAAAACAAAAAGAGACGCGAAACAUUGGACCUAAUGUGUCUGUACGAGAUGGCUAAGCGAGAGAGCCCACCUGUCAACUGCGACUAUUCCAACACUAAUCUCUUAUCCAAAGCAGAAUUGCAGGAAAUUAAAGAUUUAAUUUUGAAAAAAUGCGAAUCGAGCGUUUACGGGAUUAAUAGACGAACGGUUAAAUGUAGAGAUGAAGUGAACGAUGCGAAGUGUGUGCUGUCGAACAGUUUGAUAAACGAGUUGAUGCGUGAGGCUGAACUUUGAAAAACAAGUGAAAGUUCAGUUUUACCAUCAGAAUGUCAUACGUUAAUAGUACCAUAGACAAAGAAAUGGUAAAAGUAGACGGUGCUAUUCGGCGCCAUAUGUUUGCUGUAAGUAGGUGGAUAACGAUGAUUAAAGGUUAUAGUGAUAGACAACCUAAUUAGAAUUAACAUAAAACGUAACAUUUAAAUUAUAAUAUAAGUACAGUGCCACCUACUUCAGUAAUAAAAUGAUUACCUAUUAGUCAGCAGGAAAAGUCGCUAAGCGAUUAAAGUGUUUAAAAUUAUCUACACACGUUCUUAUUCUUAAGAAAUUUAAGAAUAGGUAAGAAGGUGUGUAGAUAGUUUUGAAUAAAGUUAUGCGUCUAUAUCAUAUUGUGCACUUUCCAUAAACAAAUAAAUCUAGUUCGUUACAAAUUGUAACCAGGUUGUGAAUAUUUAUCAGAAGUUUUGUUACAUCGUAUUAAUAAAUUAAAAAUACGAAAGAAAAAAACC